AGCGCCGGGGAGCACUAAUCCUCGACAGCAGAACUAUCACCGAUUCCCAGUACACGCACUCGUUCCGCCCGCCCGCCCGCCCUGAGGGGAGUGCGGUUGCAGCGCCACACACCCUGGCGAUCCACCUCCGGGCGGGACCCGGGGAAAGGGAGCAUUUCUUCCUUAUAAGGGCUGGCGGGAUGGGCGAAGUAACCGUAAGGCUUCCUAUUGCAAAGCCAGCCGGCAACCACCGAUCAUGGGCAAAUCAGCUUCUAAGGAGUUUUCUCGCGAAGUUUUAAAAGCCCACAAUGAUUAUAGGAAGAAACAUGGCGCACCUGCGUUGAAACUGUGCAACAAACUUUGUAAAGAGGCACAACAAUACGCGGAGAGUCUAGCCAGUACCCGGGUGCUUAAACAUAGCUCGGAAUCCAGCAGAGGACAGUGCGGAGAGAACCUGGCCUGGGCGUCGUAUGAUCAGCCGGGUAAGGAAGUUGCUGAUAGGUGGUACAGUGAAAUAAAGAAUUACAAUUUUAGAUGUCCUGGCUUUUCCUCUGGUACAGGUCACUUUACAGCAAUGGUGUGGAAGGGUAGCAAGAAGAUGGGUGUCGGGAAGGCCUCGGCCACGGAUGGCUCCACGUUUGUAGUGGCCAGAUAUUUUCCAGCUGGCAACAUCAUGAACCAGGGAUAUUUUGAGGAAAAUGUUCUACCUCCAAAGAAGUAAAUUAGUAAAAAUUUUAAACAGACCGUGAAUGUCUCUUCAUGAAAGGUAUUGAAGGGAAUGAACAAUAAUCCAAGGUGAUUUCCACUCAGCAAUCAGGCUGUGAAAUUUAUUAGUGUUACCAUUCCUCAGUAUUACACGGGGGUCCUGCUGCAAGACCCCUGAAAUGCCUUUGUUUGGAAAGCACCAGACCAAUUCGUCACAUAGUUAAAGGACACAAAGUAACACCUGCCUGCUGUAUGAUACUUGCCUCUGCUCCAUAAGUAUUUGUUUCACAAGUCAAGCUGCUCUUCUGCAGAUUUUCUUGGAAAUUCUGUCUUGCUGCUGCUGCUGCCUGGAAAGCUGAGUUUCACUGAGCACACAAUAUGCAAUCUGUCAUAGCUGGCGUCACCUUUAUUCAGUAAUUAAUUUUAUUCAGUUUUGGUUUCAGCUCAUCAAUUUAUUUUUCUCCUCUCAUUGAUUCUUAGUUGUACUUUGCAGAAGAAACAGAUGGCCUCUGUGUAUUCUGUUCAUGGGCCAUUACUUGCAUAUUCACCGUCACCCAAGAUGUUACUAGGGAUACUAGCCAGUGAAAGAGGAGGCACGUCAUUGUUAAAACCUUUUCUGCAUCUGACAUGCACGUGCACCAGCAUCUAUCCAAGACUACUUAAUAGCAACCUUAAAAAAUGCUGACUCUGCCCAACGAUAAUGCAGAAGUGCGGAGACUGAAGGUAGCAUCUUAUAGCUACAUUGACCAAGGCCCCACGGACGGACAAACUUGAUAAUAUUGGAUUGUCUAGGAUGUACUGAACCCUUAUCCCCAGAGAGACAGAGGAACAAAUUGUGCAUUAAACAAUUUCAAAAAUCAAAUCCUCCUCUUGAUCAUAUUAUGCGUAUUAACUAAAUAGGUUUUGUGUUGGUUCUUUCUCCAGUUGCAAAAAAUGAGAAGUCAAAGACUGAUUUCAGUGGGAGAACACAGUUGGUUGCAUUGUACACAAAAGCAAGAUAUUAUGGCCAUGCAGGAGGCCAGGUGGAGUUUCCAGACAUAGGAAAGUUCUAAGAUGGUCUCAGUCUUCAGAGAGAUGAGGAAACUGAAUGGACAUUGAUAUUACUCUCGUCACUUAUUCAGGUCAUGGUGAAGGCAAAUCCUAAUAUUUUUCCUUCUCUACUUUUUAUUCCUAUUAAUUUUUCUGCCUUGCUGCACCAAAAGGUCAGAACAUUCCUGUACUUUGUCUUCUUGGCCGCUUUCAGUUCAGUCAGUAUGACCCAAAAUUAUUCUGGUCAUUUAAAAAGUAUAAUUUUGGUUUCUUCUGUCAGAAUUUAUCUACAAAAGGUUUUAUUUUUAUGUGAUAGUUCUGUUACAAUUUUCAGCGAUCUAGUUAUGCAACAACAAAACUAAUUCAGUCAGAAUAAAGAAUUUGACUAAUAAGUAUGUAUUCGACUUGGAGCCUUCCAUCUUGUGGUUAGCAGAACAAUAUUCAACUGCUUGAGCUACUGGGAGUUGGGAGGGGAUGGUGAUAAUUUGAGUUAGCGUGGUUACCAUCUAUGGUGGGUUUCUCAAUAAAAGAAAACCUGAAGUCGGAAAAAGAGGCAAUUUAUAAAUGUACCUUCUAGGUUAGAAUUAAACAUCACUGAUCUUACUGUAAAUUAAUGUUGGCUAGAUAAAAAAGAUUGAAGAAUAGAAAUUAAUUCUAGAUACUGCAGCUCUUCCACAGUUAUCAAAGGGAUUAAGUUCUUAAAGAAACAUUCAUCAUCCUAAAUUUUUCAUAGUGGGAGGUAGAGUGAGUCCUUAACUUUUGCAGGGAUUACCUACUGCUGGGAAUGGUGAGAAAAAUAGUCAGAAGCUAGUUAAUCUCCUCCCUGUAAGGAUUAGGUAAACCAAAAGUGAUCCAGCCUGUUUUGACAAGGUAAACAUACAAGUCAUUCAUCAGAUGGCCAUUGUUGUCAGGUGGAAGAAUGCACAUCCUUGAGAAGUUCUCUUUCUAUUUAAAAAGCUUGUUUAUCUAGCAGAUUCCAUUGACUACACCAGAAAGAUUGCUAAAUAUUACAGGUUUCUAUGCACCUUGUUUCAAAGGGAGUCUCCAAAUCUGUUCCCAGGCCUUCAUUAUAGCAAGCAAAGUCUUUGUUCAUUGAAAAAUAAUACUGAAGAAAAAAAAAUUUAUAUUGAUACAAAUAAUUCUGUACUUAACUGAAUACUAAAACCAUAACAUUUGGCUGUGUGAAAGUGAAAUGGAAAAAUGUCCAAGUCUAUGUGUAUUAAAUUUUUUUCUGGGUACA